AUGCACCAGACCCACACAAGCCUGCUACACCUGCCCAUUCCGCCCCCCCACCCCUUACUUUCCAUGCCUUGUUUCCAUCUCUCCAGUCUUCCCAGCGCAGUGACUCACCUUUCAACGCGCGCAUGGCACUGCGAGCAGCUGCUGCGGCGGAUGCAGCAGACCCAGGCCAGCCUGCAGACAAGACAGGAGCAGGUCACAGCUCUGGCUGAGUGCAUCGAGAGCUGGAAGGCGCAGCUGCCAUCGGACGAUGACAUCAGCAGGGCCACUGAUGACGUGGCAGACAAAAUCAGGAGAACGGCACAGGAGCAGCAGCAGCUGAGCCUGCAGCGAUCUGCCGCUCAGGGCUCACUAGAAGCUGCGGGGUACAGUGCUGACGUGGACAUGGCUGCCCUGUUACAGCUGGCAGCGGAGGUGCAGGGGGAGGAGGAGGAGGUGGGACGCCUGCAGCAUGAUCUCGCCAUCUACUCUGACCUGCCCACGGAUAUCACUCUGGCUCGCACACACUUGCAGAGGGAGAGGGAGCGCCUGAGGGCCUUGUCUCGAAAGCUAGAGGCAUGGAGCAUGGGGGAGGAGGUGGAGGAUGGGGAGGACAGGGAGGGGUACGGGCAUCAGUCUCCCGGAGAGGGAGGGGGGAUGGGGACGUGGGGCGUGGGGGGCCAAGGGGAGGGGCGGGACCGGCCCACAUGCACUGGCAGGCCGGACGGUGAAGGCAGAGGGGGCAAGGGGGAUGAGUUGGAUGCGGUGGAGUGUGGUGAGUGGCUGCAGUGGGGCGAGCUGGGUUUGACUGCGUCCAGGUGGGAUGUGGGGGAGGUGCAACUGAGGGAGGGGUGGGCCAGGGAAGAUUGGGACACGAGGGAGGGUGAGUGGGAGGAGAAGCAGGAGGAAGGGGAGGAGAAGCAGGAGGAAGGGGAGGAGGUGGAAGAGGCAGGGGAGGAGGAAGUGGAGGAGUGGGGGAAUGACGAAUUGAAGGAAGAGUCAAAGGAGGAAACGGAGCUUGCAGUUGGGAUGGGGGAUUCUGAGGGGGAAGGAGAGAAGGGGGAGUGA